AGUCCGUCUUCCCGGACCACGUGACGUGGCCCCUUGGCGCGGGAGCCGCGCUCUGACCGGCCGCCGUCACGCUCGGCCUCUCAUUCGCCCGGCGCCUCAGGAAGGAGAGGAAGGAAAGGAAGACGAUACAAAGUUUCCAGCGGGGAGAGACUUUCCCGAGCCCCGGAGCCUUCUCCCGGCGGUGUGAUGCCUCCUAAAAGGCAUGGAAAAAGCAACCUCCCCACCCCUCUUCAAGAAGGGGCAAUACUGAAAGACACCGAAAAAAGAGAGUGGAGACUAGGUCGUAUGAUUGGCCAGGGAGGAUUUGGCCUAAUCUACCUAGCUUCCCCUCGCCUUGAUGUUCCCGUAGAAGACAGUGCAGAGCAUGUCAUUAAAGUGGAAUACCUUGAAAAUGGACCCUUGUUUUCUGAACUGAAAUUCUACCAGCGAGCUGCAAAACAAGAGCAUAUCAAGAAGUGGAUGAAGCUGAAACGAUUGACAUUUUUAGGAAUUCCCUUCUUCUGGGGAGCUGGCCAGACUGAACAUAAUGGCAAAAGUUACAGAUUUAUGGUGAUGGAAAGGUUAGGAGAGGAUCUGCAAAGCAUCUUUGAAAGAGGAGGACGAAAGUUCAGCAAGGGAAUGGUUCUGCAGAUUGGAGUCCGCAUGCUGGAUGCUUUGGAAUACAUACAUGAACAUGAAUACGUUCAUGGGGACAUUAAAGCAGGAAAUUUGCUUUUGGGCUACAGAAAUCCACAUGAGGUUUAUCUUGCUGAUUAUGGACUCGCCUACAGAUAUUGUCCCGAUGGGAACCACAAAGAGUAUCGGGAAAAUCCUAAGAAGGGCCAUAAUGGGACCAUAGAGUUUACCAGCUUAGAUGCUCACAAGGGAGUAGCUCCAUCCAGACGAGGAGACCUUGAAAUUCUUGGCUUCUGCAUGCUCCAGUGGAUGUGUGGGAAUCUGCCCUGGGAGUGGAAUUUGAGGAACCCCGAUGCUGUCCGGGAUGCAAAAGCAAAGCUCCUGGACGAACUCCCAGAUUCAGUGACAAGAUGGGCUCCCGCAGGAACAGACUGCAGUGAAAUAGCCAGGUUUUUGAAAAAUGCAUCUGAUUUAGCGUACAAGGAAAAGCCUGAUUAUGAAGCGCUAAAGAAAAUCCUCCUAGAUGGUCUGGAACACAAAGGAGUCUGCUGCAAUGGGGCACUGAAUUUUGCCGCUGCCAAAAGACCUCCGAAUGAAUGUGCUGCUAAGCACAAGAAAGUUGAUUUGCCAAAGCCAGUGCCAAGGCAAGUUAAAGACGAGAAGGGAAAGGAGUUCGAAAGCAAGGACCUCUCCUACCGUAGAAGAGCCGCUGUGGGAAUGAAAAGCAGCCAAGGACAAGACGAGCAGAUGCUGGCUGGGCUGAGCAAGCAGCUUCAGAAUGAAGCGCCCGCUGAGACUGGAGGAAAGCCAGCUGGAGCCACAACCGAUGUUUACAGGAGGAAGUUAGUCAAGAAACCACAACCUAUCUGCAAUACCUUCUGGGAAAUUGAGGAAAAAUCCAUAGGAAAUGGAGUUACAUAUACUGAAGCCUUUCAACCAGAAUGCUUUCAGACUUCGACUAGCUCUUCUAUGUGCAGCACUUUGGAGUCUGGACUUCACGAAGCAUCUGGACUUCGUAAAGAAUUGUACCAAUACACGAUGACCAUCAUUGUCCUCUUCUUCUUAAUACUGCUUUCUGUGUAUUUUCUUUGAUAUCAUGUCUAAUGUGUUGGCAUUCUUAAGACUGUACAUUCACAUAGUUACAGGCUUCUGAAAUUCCACUUCAGACUUUCUUCAUAGACAUUUUCAGUGUUAUUGGCUGGAAUGGUUUUUCAAAGCAAGGUGAGUUGUUACAAAAUUAAAAAUCAAUAAAGUACUUGAAUUUUGCUUACA